CUGGCAACGCUGCGCAGCCAUAUGAUUGUUUUGCUAAUAAAAUGUCGGAAACCGCAGAGAAUUGCCAUUUCUGUAAAGUGGCGCCAUUCAAAUACACGUGCCCCAAAUGCAAUGCGAUUUAUUGCAGCGUCGCCUGCUACAAAUCAAAGGAGCAUUUGAAAUGCUCCGAGCAAUUCUUCAAAUCCUGCAUUCAGGACGAAUUGGCCAGUGCAACAAAGACGACGCUCGAAAGUCAGCAGGAUAUGCGUAAAAUCUAUGACAUACUCAAGCGUAUGCGUGAAACUGAGGCCGGCUUUAAGCCCGAGGAUUUCGAUGCUGAUGGAUUGGAUAAUCCUUUGGAUUCCGAUGACGACGCGCUAGAAGAAAGUGGUCAGGAGGAGGGUGAGGAGGGUGAUGCUGAUCAGCAAUCCUUUACAGAGGAACCGGCGGAAGUCGUGGAUAUUGCAGCACGCCUCAAGGGGAUUGAUAUAAAUGAUGCGGAUGAAGUCUGGAACAGAUUAACACCAGAAGAGCAACAGGAAUUUCAGCAAUUAAUUACCAGCGGCAACAUUAUGCAACUGAUGCCAGACUACAAGCCCUGGUGGACGCGCAAAAGCUCAAAAAUUGUUGUGCUAAGCGAGGCUAAGAAGGAUGAUAUGCCAGAAAUACACAAAAACAUCCCCCAAUUUAAGGAUCUGUGCAAAAGGACACCGUCGUCCUGCGUACACUACAAUCUGUGGAACAUGUUGAGCGCCUACGCAUGUGUGGCACGCUACUUCAACGGCGAACAGCGCACGAAUCCCAGCGAGGCAGUUGCUCAACUUGUCAAUUUGAGUGCAACACUGAAGUACAACACAAAUUACGAGGAUGCUGAGGAUGCAGUCAUCUCCGUGGAAAUGGAGGCAUGCACCACGCAUGGAAAUACCCCCAACAAUUUGUUUGUGGAGAGUCGCGAGCUGUUGCUGGAGGAUGUGCGUCAAUUGAUGGCCAGCAGGCAACAUAAAUUGGCCGCUUUAAGCGAUAUUCUUCACCUUUUGCAGCUGUCCAAGAAGCAAACGCAUCUCGAGGAGGCGAAAUUUCAAAAAUUAUUCGCUUUGCGUCUUGGCAGCGUGGAAUUAAAUCGCCACAAAUUGGGUAAACUAAUCAAGAAAUUGGAAUUUAUGCUCGCCUAUGUGGCAAGGGAGGAGUAAGAAAUCCUUUGAAUUUGUUGUCAAAUAAAAUUAGUUUAAUUUA